CCUAAGAUCGUCAUUGUCUUAGCCGCUAAUGAAGGUGGUGGUGUCCUUAAAUGGAAAGGUGCUCAGGAAUGGUCUGUUGAAAGAUCUUCCAUCAACAACAAAAAAUACUAUGCCAAAAAGCAUGGAUAUGGAUUGACUAUAAAGGACAUGACAAUUAAAAAACGAUAUUCUCAUGAAUGGAGAGAAAGCUGGGAAAAAGUGGAUAUCUUGAAACAAACAAUGAGACAGUAUCCCAGAACUGAGUGGUUUUGGUGGCUAGAUUUGCAUACAUAUAUAAUGGAGCCAGAGUUUUCAUUAGAAGAUCAUAUUUUCAACAAAAUCAACGAAAUUUCCUACAGAUCGUUAAAUAAUUCGUUCAAUCCAUUGAAUUUGAAAAUCGAUAUACCAUAUAUUAACUAUCAAAACAAUCCAAUUGAAAUGUUGAUAGCCCAAGAUUGCGGCGGAUUUAAUUUAGGAUCGUUUUUCAUUAGAAAAUCCAAAUGGUCAGAAUUAUUAUUAGAUAUUUGGUGGGAUCCAGCGUUUUAUGAGCAAAUGCAUAUGAUUUGGGAACAUAAAGAACAAGAUUCACUUGAAACAUUGUACAAUACACAGGCUUGGAUUAGAGAGAGAGUAGCGUUUUUACCAUUAAAGUCUAUAAAUGCUUUUCCUCCAGGGGCUUGCAGUGAUAAAGCUGACGAUCCACAAUUUUUUUAUAAUGAAACAGAUCGAGAUUUUUUAAUUAAUAUGGCCGGUUGUGAAUGGGGUAGAGAUUGCUGGAGUGAAAUGGAACAUUAUAAGAAGUUGUCUAAAAGAUUAAAUGACCAACCCUGG